AUGACUCUGAAUACUUUCCUACUUCUAAUUGGAUUCCAUAGUGCUUUAUGCGCUUCGUUCUCCAACGUCAUAGUGCGAGGUGGUUCUGAAGCCAUACCAUUGGAAUAUAUAAACUAUGGUGGUCCUUUAUCGUACACUGGACCGCAAUUUGCUCAAAUAUCCGCGGCACCUAUAGAAACAUUGGUCUCAUUAUCGAAUGCCCGUCCAUGUGUGUCACCUUGCGUUAUUGCAAACACGCCAAUCUCCGGUCUGGCGCCAAUAGCAGGCACGGCUAAUGCUCAAAUUGUAGCUUAUAAGUCACCGGUCGCUAAUGUCCCAAUUGUAUUGGCAAAUACUGAUGAUCCGGCUAUCGGUUACCAAUAUGCAUACGCUGUUUAUGAUGAAGGCACUGGUGAUAAAAAGACCCAGAGUGAACAAAGCGAUGUUAUUUACACCGCUGAUGAUAUAAAGGGAUUCAACGCUAUCGUCAAAACUGUAGCUCCCGAACCUGAGCCUAGCAAAAAAGAAUCAACCGAAGAAUCUGAAGAAAGCAAAGAGACGCCUUGUAAAAAAAACGAACAGUUAGUAGAAGCCCCUAAGACCGAAGAAAAGCCAACAGAAUCCUCGGUUGAAAUCACAGAACCUGUCAACACGGAACCCGCAGAAAUUACUGAAACUGUCAACACUGAAGCAGUUAACACAGAAACUACAACUACAACCGAAUCACAGAACACGGAAACAGUUGAAGCAAAAAGUGAAGAAAAAACGAGUGAAGAAAAACCAAGUAAAGAGACUCCCACACCCACAGAACUGAUCAAACCUGAAUUUGCACCAAACGCUCUUGUCUCAUAUAGCGAUAUUAUAGAUUGUAUACAAUCUAAAAGAAUAGCAACUGCAAACAGUAUUUCGCCUCUAACCUACAUCUUAGUACCGGCGCCCAUACCAAAACCGUGCUAA